UUUGGAAUAAGCGGUACCAGCCAGCAAGCGCGCUCUAAUAUUCCAGUGGAAGUGUUUCCAGAGAGAAAGAGAGAGAGAGUGAGUGAGUGAGUGAGUGUGAGAGAGAGUAUGAGGCCAGUACUCAGGAUGAGCCUGCGCUUUGAGGCUGUAAAACACUAGACCCUGAGGGCAUUCUCUGAGGCUGACUUCUAUCGCAGCACUCCCUCCACUGGAAAACAGCUUGAGCAUCUCGCGCGAGGGAACAGUGAACUGUAUCUGUCGUACUACUAGAGGUCUUUACCAAAUAAUCGGACGUCCUGCUAAGAUGCCGCGACGCUGACGUUCCUGCCCCGGCUGUCGAACCGGACCAAUGAUGUUGACGAUGUCCACACGACCCGUGUAGCGCAAAAUUCUCUAAUCACUGGACUUUAACGAGAGGUUCCGUUGUGAUCUUUGCUCAUUCAAACUUCAGAUGGACUACCUUUACACUACCCUGACCAGUAAAAUGAAUUGGAUCGCACUUCUGCUGGCCGGCUUCACUUUUUGGAGCAAACUGUCAGUGCACUGCUUAGAUUAUGAUGACAGCUAUGAAUAUUACGAAGAGGAGAAAACAGAGACGAUAGAUUACAAAGAUCCGUGCAAAGCUGCUGUAUUUUGGGGAGAUAUUGCCUUGGAUGAGGAGGACUUGAAAAUGUUUACAAUCGAUGGGACGAUAGAGCUCACACAGCAGUCACAUGACAGACAGGGACACACGUCUGGUGGUCUAGAAGAACACAAUCCUAGUAAGAAGAGAGGUUCAUUAUAUCUUUUGCUGGACAGAAUACGACGGCUAGGCUUUGAAUCAUGGCCUGUAAAUAGCAGUGAAGACGUAAAGCCAAAUUCUAAAGCUGGAGGAAGAAGUGAAAAUGGCGUUAAAGGUGUGAAGUCUCGAGUGCCUCGUGCUGCUACAUCCCGAGCAGAGAAGAUUUGGCCUGGAGGAGUCAUCCCUUACGUCAUAGGUGGCAACUUUACUGGUAGUCAGAGGGCUAUGUUAAAACAGGCCAUGAGACACUGGGAGAAGCAAACGUGCGUGACCUUCAUUGAGAAAACUGAUGAGGAGAGUUACAUUGUUUUCACCUAUAGACCAUGCGGGUGUUGCUCCUACGUUGGUCGUCGCGGCAACGGUCCCCAGGCAAUAUCUAUCGGAAAGAACUGUGACAAGUUUGGCAUUGUUGUUCACGAACUUGGCCAUGUAAUUGGCUUUUGGCACGAGCACACGCGACCUGACCGAGAUGAUCACGUAACUAUCAUCAGAGACAACAUCCAACCAGGUCAGGAGUAUAACUUCAUCAAGAUGGAACCAGGAGAUGUAAACUCUCUGGGUGAGCCGUAUGAUUUUGACAGCAUCAUGCAUUAUGCCAGAAACACUUUUUCCAGAGGAAUGUUUUUGGACACAAUUCUUCCCUCUCGUGAUGAGAACGGUGUUAGGCCGGCUAUCGGUCAGAGAACUAGACUCAGCAAAGGAGACAUAUCCCAAGCCAAGAAACUGUACAGAUGCCCAGCAUGUGGUGAAACGCUGCAGGACUCAGUGGGGAAUUUCUCAUCUCCAGGAUACCCAAACGGAUACCCCUCGUAUACACACUGUGUGUGGAGGAUCUCCGUCACACCUGGGGAGAAGAUAGUGUUAAACUUCACCACUAUGGACCUGUACAAGAGCAGCCUGUGCUGGUAUGACUACAUUGAGGUUCGUGAUGGAUACUGGAGGAAAGCGCCACUGCUGGGUCGCUUCUGUGGUGAUAAAAUUCCUGAGGUUUUGGUCUCUACUGACAGUCGGAUGUGGAUUGAGUUCCGCAGUAGCAGCAACUGGGUUGGAAAGGGAUUUGCAGCUGUCUAUGAAGCGAUAUGCGGAGGAGAGAUUAACAAGGACUCGGGACAAAUUCAGUCUCCAAACUAUCCAGAUGACUACCGUCCAUCUAAAGAAUGUGUGUGGAGGAUAACUGUGUCUGAGGGCUACAGUGUGGGCCUGAGCUUUCAGGUCUUUGAGAUUGAGAGGCAUGACAACUGCGCGUACGACUACCUGGAGGUAAGAGACGGUUUAUCUGAGACCAGCCCUCUGAUUGGUCGAUUCUGCGGCUAUGAUAAGCCCGAAGAUAUUCGCUCCACCUCCAACACCCUCUGGAUGAAAUUCGUGUCGGAUGGGACAGUUAAUAAAGCUGGCUUCGCUGCAAACUUCUUUAAAGAGGAAGAUGAGUGCCUGAAGCCAGAUAAUGGGGGCUGUGAGCAGAGAUGUGUAAACACAUUAGGAAGCUUCAAGUGUGCCUGUGAUCCUGGAUAUGAACUGGCUCCUGACAAGAAGAGCUGUGAAGCUGCAUGUGGAGGUUUGUUGACCAAGUUGAACGGCACAAUCACUAGUCCCGGCUGGCCUAAAGAAUACCCCCCAAAUAAGAACUGCGUGUGGCAAGUGGUGGCUCCAACUCAGUACCGCAUAUCCAUUCAGUUUGAAACCUUUGAACUAGAGGGAAAUGAGGUGUGCAAGUACGAUUACGUUGAGGUGCGGAGCGGCUUGUCAUCUGACUCUAAACUUCAUGGGAAGUACUGCGGUACAGAGGUUCCUGAGGUCAUUACCUCCCAGUACAACAACAUGCGGAUCGAGUUCAAAUCGGACAACACGGUCUCCAAGAAAGGCUUCAAGGUUCACUUUUUCUCUGAUAAAGAUGAAUGUUCCAAGGAUAACGGCGGAUGCCAGCAUGAGUGCAUCAACACUAUCGGCAGCUAUGUGUGUCAGUGCCGCAACGGCUUUAUAUUGCAUGAGAACAAACAUGACUGCAAAGAAGCUGAGUGUGAGCAUAAGAUUCACAGUGCCAGUGGAACCAUCAGCAGCCCCAACUGGCCUGACAAAUACCCCAGCAGGAAGGAGUGCACAUGGGACAUCACCGCCACCCCCGGUCACCGGGUCAAAAUCUCUUUCAGUGAGUUUGAGAUCGAGCAGCACCAGGAAUGCGCCUACGAUCACCUGGAGGCCUUUGACGGUGACUCGGACAAGGCGCCAAUCCUGAGCCGCCUGUGUGGCAGUAAGAUUCCCGAACCACUCGUCUCCACGGGCAACAAGAUGUACCUGCGUUUCAUCUCUGAUGCCUCGGUGCAACGGAAAGGAUUCCAGGCCACACACUCCACUGAGUGUGGCGGCAGGCUAAAAGCAGAAGCACGGCAGAAAAACCUGUAUUCUCACGCUCAGUUUGGGGAUAAUAACUACCCUGGACACAUGGACUGCGAGUGGCUUAUCACAGCAGAGUCGGGUUACAGCAUUGAGCUCACCUUCACCACAUUUGAGGUAGAGGAGGAGGCCGACUGCGGGUACGACUACAUCGAACUUUACGAUGGCUACGACGCCGAAGCGCACAAACUCGGACGCUUUUGUGGUUCUGGGCCCCGUGAGGAGCUUUACUCUGCGGGAGAUGCAGUGCUGAUUCAUUUCCACACCGAUGACACAAUCAGUAAAAAAGGCUUCCACAUCCGCUACACAAGCACAAAGUUCCAGGAGGCAUUGAAUACGCGCAAGUAACACUUCAGAGAUACUGAGGAAAGGGAUGAAAUGUUACAAGAAAAAGGAGAAAACGAACUCCAGAAAACUCUUAAAACUAUCGAUUGAUUUAAGUCAAUCAAACAUCAUGCCGUGAUGUGUUUACUGCAUUGGAUUCGCCUCUUUCUAACCUAUGUUCAGUCAUUAUGGAAGUGCUGUCAUUUUGUCUCUAAACAACACCAAUCGCCACUCUUACUGUACUGUAGGUGUGGGCUAGCUCCGCCCACUGGAGCACAGAGUGGUGUCCUAAAAGGAUCACUAAUGUAAAUCCCUCUUUGGACCUCUGAGCAAUCCCGGAACACACUCACACAUACAACAGUUUUUGUUGGCUCUCUGUUCUUCAGAUAAAAAGUGACAUAUUAGGACACACCAACAUUAGGAGCCAAUAAUGAAAUAUUAAUAGGACUCAUGUGUGUAUGUGUGUGUUUGCAUGUCUUGUGAUGUUCUGGACAGCAUGGGAAGUCUGGCUGCUGACGCUACACGGCACUGUACCUCAACUAAAAUAUGUAUGUGUGUGUGUAUAUAUGUGUGUGAGACAGCGUGAGAGGCCUUUAAAUACCAGCCUGUUGAUCAGAAUGUUUUUUUUUUAUUCAAUUAUUCAAAUUUUCCAAUCCACUAAAAUGGCAAGAGUUAACAUGUAGCCCAAUAAGCUUCCUUGCAUCUUUGUAGCCCAAUGAUUAUGUCUGCAUUGGGCAUAAGUGAAAGCGUGUUAUAAUGUACCAGUAUCAUAUGCCGCUCUUCGACAGAACCUGUGGAACUCACAGAAAUUUACAAACAGGCACCGAGGAUCUGGAAAAGGCCUACUCACGAGCCAAAGUGCUUGUUUUAUGUGCGAGUAAAAAGGAACGGUUGAUAAGUUGGUGAAAGGCGGAAUACCGUUAAAGAAAUCUGUGUUUGCGGUGACAUCACCUGAAGAAGAGAGAAACGGGAAAUGUAAACAGGAAGUGAUGUCAUAAAGCCUUGCAUAAUAUGUCUGUUACAGCUGCCACGCUUGUGCGCUUUAUAUGCACUUAACACAGACAAAAAACAAGACUGUGUGCUCUCCAGUUAUGAACUUUGCCUCAAAUGAACCUGUGAGCAGUACGGAUGAAGCUGUGUUUGAGUAACAAGACUUGACAGAAAGCUCACUCAAACCUUUCAAGGGAUGCUAUAUUCCCAAAUGAACCUUUCCCUCUUGGAAAACGACGGAGAUAUCAAGGCAACCACUGUUGAAGGGAAUUUCUAUGGUGCUAUGCAGUGUCGCAAAAUAGUGACGGUCCCGUGAGGCAGCGCUCCGACCAUUCAGUGAAUGUGUUGGUGUAAUGGAGAGGCAGCGGUGAAAUAAUGUUGCUCAUCAACACAGAAAGAAUUGAAUAAACAUCUCACAGCAUUGUCAGCACUAGUGUUGUGGACGAACAAUUAUAUUGCCUUAGAACCAAAAUGUACAUUCUUGCACAUGAUGAUGUUUGAAAUGAUUAUAUUUUAUUUGAUAUUAAGUUUAAAGAACUUGAAACUUCAUGUAAAAACUAAAAAUCUUGACAAGGCUGACCUGAAGUCGUCCUGUACAUUUUUACAAUAACCGAACAAAACAAAGUUACAAAAGUCUUAAUGCUUUAAAGUCUGCAGUAAGACUGCCUGAACUGUGAUGGUAUGUGUGCAUCUGUGUGUCUGAGUGUUAGACAGCACAGGUCACGUGACUCUGCUGUUGUUCUGUAUGUGCCAAGCUCCUGUUGUUUCCUCUGUAGGUGAACUAUGACUUAUGACCAUGUUACACAAAAUUUUAUUUUCCUGUUUCAUUAUCAGCCUAAUGAUGAAAAAGGAAUCUCUGAUUAAAUUCAUGU